AUGUUAGACCUGAAGAAGAAUCGUCUCUCGACCUUUCUGAGAGCGGAGAUCCAGCCUCAAUAUGCCCAUUGGCCUCUUCUCGCCUGCUGUUUUUCUUCAGGUUUAGUGGAUAGCACGAUUUACAAUGCGUACAAUACAUUUGUCUCGAUGCAAACCGGAAAUACAAUCUUCGUCGGCCUCGGCGCAUCCAAUCUCAACCCCCGUCCAUACGGCUGGGCUCGCUCCCUCACCUCCAUCGGCUGCUUCAUCAUCGGUUCAUUCAUCUUCGCUCGUCUGAACCGUUUCCUGGGCGCGACAAAACGAGGAACCCUCAUCCUCUCCUUCCUGCUCCAGGUCAUCAUGCUGAUUAUCACGGCCGUCCUGGUACAAAGCGGUGCCAUCGCCGGCAUCCCGAAGAAUAAUACCUCUUCCACCGAUACAGAAUGGACCCAGGAAGCACCCAUCGUGCUCCUGAGUAUCCAAUCCGCCGGACAGAUCGUGGCAAGUCGCGCGCUGGGAUUCAAUGAGAUUCCAACUGUGGUUAUCACGAGUCUUCUUUGUGAUUUGAUGUCGGACCCGAAGCUGUUUCUUGUGCGGAACGAGAAGCGCGAUCGGCGUGUGAUUGCUUUCGUGCUCACUAUGGUGGGUGCUAUCGCUGGUGGUUGGAUUACCAAGGGGACUGGGAAUAUCUUCGCGGCGUUGUGGAUUGCGACGGGGUUGAAAUUGGGGAUUGUGCUGGGGUGGAUGGGGUGGUCUUCUUCUAUAUAA